AAAUCACUUAAAAAAUUUGAUAAGCUUGUUGAAAUAAAUGAAUGCAGAAAGCAAAUUUUAUAGGCAUUUUUAUAUGUACUUGAUGUAGUGAGGAUAAUCGAUGACAUUUGGUCUUGAACAUAUUUAAGAUGCGUGUCUGGAAUGGUAUUUCCUUUUUGAUUCUAUUUAGCCUCACAUUAUCACACCAAACUUCAAAUGGAUACAAAAUAUUAGGGGUCUUUCCACAUGGAGGAAAAAGUCAUUUCAUGGUGUUUGUACCAAUAUUAAGAGAACUUGCCAGGCGUGGACAUGAAGUUACUGUUAUAAGCCACUUUCCAGAAAAAAAUCCUUUACCAAACUAUACAGAUAUAUCGAUUAUUGGCGCUGGUAAAAUUGGUUUAAACAAUAUGCAAACAUCAAUGUUUGUACCCAGUAAAAUCCAAAAUAUUAAGGAGCAUAUAUUGCUAUCAGAAAAAGGAAUGCAGAAUUGUGAGGCAUUAAAUUAUCCACAAAUUCAAGAUCUCAUUAAAUCUAAUAAAACAUUUGAUGUUAUUCUUCAAGAGCAUUUCAACAUUGAUUGUUUUUUAGCUUUAAAUUAUAUUUUUAAAGCACCAAGUAUAGGGUUAAGUUCUUCCACUAUAAUGCCAUGGAAUUUCGAUCGAUUUGGUAUUCCAAAUAAUCCCUCAUAUAUGCCAGUAAAUUUAUUAUAUUAUAGAGACGAAAUGACAUUUUAUGAACGUGUAGUCAACACAGUAAAUCAUUUCUUACAUGCAUAUGUAAUGGCCGAUUAUUUAUUAACGAGACCCGCUGAUGUUGCUGUUCGAAAGUAUCUUGGUGAAAAUAUUCCGUCAGUGGCAGAUUUAGCUAAGAAUACAAGUUUAUUUUUAAUCAAUACACAUUAUACAUUAAAUAGAGCUCGAGCAUAUCCCCCAAACGUUAUUGAGAUAUCUGGUGUACAUCUUGGGAAGCCUAAGCCACUUCCAAGCGACAUACAAAAAUUUAUUUCUGAAUCUGAACAUGGUGUGAUUUACUUUAGUUUUGGAUCUAUGUUAUUAGGAAGUUCAUUAACUGAUCAGGUCAAACAAGCAUUUAUGGAUGCCUUUAAAGAGCUGCCGCAACGAGUAUUAUGGAAAUAUGAAAAUGAAACAUUACCUGGAAAGCCAGACAAUGUUAUGAUUAGAAAAUGGAUGCCCCAAUUUGAUAUUUUGAGCCAUCCAAAUGUUGUGGGGUUCAUUUCUCAUUGUGGAUUGCUUGGUACCAUUGAAGCGUUUCAUAAUGGUGUACCGAUAAUAACGGUACCAUUUUUUGGUGAUCAAUUUGUUAAUGCAAAAGCAUUAGAAUCACAUGGAACUGCAGCUAUUCUAGAUCAUUGGAAUCUUAAAACAGACUCUAUUAGUAAAGCGUUGGAACUCAUAUUGCAACCCAGUGUGUUGGAAAAAGCGAAACGACAAGCUAGAUUAUUUCGUGACCGUCUCAUGCCUCCUAUGGAUACAGCUAUAUGGUGGAUUGAAUAUGUAGCUCGAAACGGUGGGGCAGAUGAAACGAGACCAGCUGUUGUUAAAAUGCCAUUUUAUCAAUCGGCUCUGCUGGACGUUGGAUUAUUUAUAUUAGCAGUGAUAUCAAUUAUGGUUUACAUAAAUUAUAAAUUGUUGAAAUUAAUUUUAAAUAAAUUAUUU